AUUCAUUCGUAUCGGAGAAAAAUGGCGGCGUGGAGUAUCAUUUUACGCACUGCAAGUCAGAAGUUGCUGCAAAACAAUGGAAUUAGAACGGCACUGUUGAAGAACGAACAAAUAAGAUGUAUGUCUGAAGAACGCACACUUGCCAUAACUCCGAGCCGUUUCCAGUGGCAUAAAACGAAAGAUUGGUUUCACUUUUAUCUUUUACUUGGUGCUAUUCCUGUUGGCAUUGCAAUCACUUUAGUUAAUGUCUUUAUUGGUCCUGCUACACUCCAGGAAAUCCCCGAGGGUUAUGUUCCAAAAGAGUGGGAAUAUCUUGAGCAUCCUAUUAAAAGAUUCCUCCAACGAUACUUUUUUCCAUCGCAGCAACAAGAAUACGAAAAGUUUUUGCAUUAUUUGUAUCAUCAGGACCAGGUCAGAAGAGUUAGGCUUCUUGAACAGCAGGUGAACACUGCGAUGGGUCGAAAUCGCGAUUACAGAGGUCCUUACUUUAAAGAAUUCUAUGCUUCUAAGUAUCUGUACUCAUAUAGAGAAUCUUUAGACAAAACGCUCAAUGUGCGUGAGUAAAAUUCAUUUUCGGUAAUUUCUGAUUUUAAACUUGUGGGAGCUAAAGAAAUACCUUAUCAGAUAUAUAUAUAUACAUAUAUAAAUGUGUAGAUUGCAUAUAUUCUAGGAUUUGAUCAAUUGAUAUACGGAGUGAAUAUUUGCAAUGUCAAAUCUCCGCCAAUAAAUAUAUCGCAUUGUAUAAAUAUAAUUAGUAAAAUAAAGUGUUAAUUGAAAACUUCCUUAAAGGAAA